AAUGAAAGUCUCAUUGUUUGUGUUUUGUGUGUAGUAGUUAGUGAGAGAACAAAAAAAAUUAGGGUUAGAGAGAGAAAUUGAGAGAGAGAGAGAGAGAAAGUCUUUUGAAAAAGACAAACUUUCAACUUCACUACUACACACACAUACACUCUCUCUCUUUGUUCACAACACAAACCAUAACAAGUGAGAGUAGUGAUGUUUCUGCUGCAACUAGUUGCAUAUAUCUAACUGUGGUUAUGGUUUGUGUACUAGUAACUCAAAAAGUUUGACCCUUUAUUGUGUUUGUGUUGAAAACAGUUUCAGAACUCAGAAGAUAGUAACCAAGAGAAAGAUUUAUGCUUUCAUGGGAACAUGAGAAAGAAACACACAAACUCAUCUUUUGGUUGGUAGGUAGGGCUUUUGUGUGUAGUUAAGAAGAAAAAAAAAGCAAACUUUUUUCUUGAGAAAGAUAGUCACAAAUCAAAAUAGAGAGAGAUACACUUAAAAAAAUUGAUUUUUUUUCAUUUGGGUCUAGUUAAUUUUUUCUUUUGUAACAAAGAUGGAUGGUUAUGAAGCUACUAGGAUUGUUUUUCAAAGGAUCCAAUCCAUGGACCCUGAAAAUGCUUCUAAAAUAAUGGGUUUACUUCUUCUUCAAGACCAUGGUGAAAAAGAAAUGAUUAGAUUAGCUUUUGGUCCAGAAUCACUUCUUCAUUCAGUGAUUUUCAAAGCUAGAAAUGAGUUAGGAUUAAGUUUGAAUUCACCUUCAACACCUCAAUCACAAUCUUCACCUUUUCAUUCAAGUAAUCCAGUUCCUAUUUCAAGACAAAAUUCAAACUCUUCAAGACUUAUAAAUAGUGGCAUGACUCUUCCUUCACCUCUUAGUAUUCCAAAUCCAUCUUCAAAUUCAGCUUCUUGGGCUGAUGAUUCUCCUUCCAUGAAUUCCAUGAAUAAUAGUUCUUCACCUUUUUAUGGUAAUGGAGGAGUUUCUGCUGAUUCAAUUGAUGAGUUUCAACUUCAAGAACAACUUUCUUUUCUUAAUGAUGGAAACUCUUCACCUUCACUUGUUUCAAAGAAUUCUGAUUUGUUUUACUCUCAAUCAGAGUUAUGUUCUAGUCCUAAUAGUGGAAGUAUUGGUAAUGGUGUUGACCCUUCAUUUUUUCCAUCUUAUGGUUAUGGAGGUUCACUUCAUAGAAGAAGUUGUUCUGUGAAUGAUGCUGCAUGUUUAGUUUCUGAGGAUCCUAAUUCUGGUUUAGGUUGGAAACCAUGUCUUUACUAUGCUAGAGGUUAUUGCAAGAAUGGUACUAGUUGUAGGUUCCUUCAUGGUGGAUUUGGUGAUGGUGGUGAAGGUGUUGGUUCAAUGGUUGGUUCUCCUAAUAAGAUUGAGAUGUUGGAUCAGUGUCAUGAACAGCUUCUUAGAUCUAAAUCUCUUCAACAACAAAGAUUAGCUGCAGCUUCUCAACUUAUGGCUACUUCAUCUUUUCCUUACUCUCCUAAGAGCAUGAGUUUGCUUCUUCAACACCAACAAAGUGAUGCUCAAAGAGCUGCAGCUGCAGCACUUAUGAUGAAUGAGGAUUUUCACAAAUUUGGCAGGUCAAGGUUGGAAAGAAAUGAUUUUCCUUUGAGCAAUAUUGGAAUGAUGAAUCCAGCUUCUAGGCAGAUAUACUUGACUUUUCCAGCUGACAGUACUUUUAGAGAGGAAGAUGUGUCAAACUAUUUCAGCAUUUAUGGACCUGUUCAAGAUGUGAGGAUUCCAUAUCAGCAAAAAAGGAUGUUCGGAUUUGUUACCUUUGUUUAUCCGGAGACGGUGAAACUCAUUUUAGCUAAAGGAAACCCUCAUUUUGUUUGUGAUGCUAGAGUGCUUGUUAAGCCUUAUAAGGAGAAAGGCAAAGUCCCAGACAAGUACAGAAAGCAGCAGCAAAUGGAUAGGGGAGACUUUUCUCCUUGUGGUACACCUACUGGACUUGAUGGCCGAGAUCCAUUUGAUCUUCAAGUCGGGGGGAGAAUGUACUACAACACUCAAGACAUUCUUUUGAGGAGGAAGUUAGAGGAACAAGCUGAAUUGCAACAAGCUCUUGAGCUUCAAAGUAGAAGACUUAUGAGUCUUCAACUUCUUGACAUCAAAAAGCAACACCAACGCGCCCUUUCGACCGGAAGUCCAAUUCCUUCGCCAACUCAUUCUCCCAACAUGUUCAAUCAUAACUUUCCUCUUUCUUCAUUUCACAGCAGCUCAGAAAGCCAAGAGGAUAAUGGCUCAGGCUCAGGUUCAGGUUCCGGUUCUGCUAGCUCAGCAUCAAUUCCUAUUGAUCAACAAGUAAACAUUUCUGUUGGCAAAGAAGUAGCAGUCAAUGGAGGAGAGAAUGGAAAUAGUGAAGCAAGUGGCAAACAAAGCUCAAAUCAUGAAGAUAGUGAUUUACAAGAAAGCUUGGAGCAUAAUCUCCCUGAUAGCCCUUUUGCUUCCCCUACUAAAGCUAUUGGUGACUACAUGGCUGCAUUUAACAAUGGAUCUAACGAGGCCAUUGAUUCAGAUGUAUCUACCAAUUCCAAAUUUAGUACUAACACACUUCUUCCUCCGGCAUCUCCUCUCGAUAUGGGAUCUUUCAAAUCCUAUAACUGCCAAAUUCCAAGAUUCUCUUCUGGCCAUGGAACCAUUGGAAUGCUCGCCGGUACCGGUGGACCUAUCGGCAUUUAGUAUCUAAUUUUCUCUGGUCCAGGUAGAGAAACAUGACAAAACAAUCCUGGACAUGAAAACAAAAAAAAUCUUGUAGAGAAUCACCACCACAACAACAAUGAAGCCAUCAGCAUCAAUCAUGAAUACUAUACUAAUUACUUCCAUACAAAAUGCAUACUUCAAAAGCAGUUUCAGUAAAGGAAGUGGGACAUGCAUUCCCUUUCUUUUCUUCUUAUAAUAUAUCAUCAUAAUUAUUAUUAUCACUGUACUAUUUUCACUUCUCAUUUUCACUGUAGUAGUAAUCUGAAUGAACCACAGAAGCUUAAAAACAAAAACAAUAGCAAAAGAAUCAAGAGAGUGAAUUUCUAGUAUUAGUAGUAAUAGUAGUAGUAACAAAAUCUUUUUUUUUUUUUUUACCUAUGUUGGAAUAUGUAUUAUUAUUAGUCUUUUUAGUUUUAUAUUAGAAGGGUAAAAUUGUAAAAGUCUUUGAAUAGCUGAAGCUGAUCAUAGAGAAAGCAUUCAGAGGAAGAAGAUUUAUUGUAUAAUGUAUAACUACUACAAGGCUGAUUCAAAGUAUAUGAUAUAAGUAACUUUAGAUUGAAAUUA